AUGUGGCGGCAUGCCGAUACUAAAGCAGUAGCUAGCCGUCUCCUUCUUUACCAUAUUUUUAUUCCAGAACUUAUUCACCUUCAAACAUCUUUAGAAUUAUAUUCUUUAUGUGAAAAACAUUAUAAUCAAAUUAUAUCUACUAAUCACUUUUAUCAGUUCCUUUUAAAUCCAGAUCAAACCACGUCUUUUCAAAAUCAAAAUAAAAGAAAGCGUCACAGCAUUGACAAUAGUGUAUUGGAUAUUGGAUUAAAUAUUACCAGCACCUGUGAUUUUGGCGCCCAAUUUCCAGAAUUUGAAACUACUUGUGAUUUUGGCGCUCAAUUUCCAGAAUUUGAAGCUAGUACUCGUGAUUUUGGUAUCCAAGUGUCUGGUGAAUUUGAAUAUGUACAAACAAUAUCUAAAAUUCAACAAUUGCAAAAACAAUUAGAAAAUCAAGGGCGUGAAUUAAUGGAAUUAUCAGGAAGAUUAACUAAAGCUAAUGAAUAUAUACUAAAUGAUCGUAAUCAAGUUAUUGUUAAGUUCAUUGAAAUUUUAACUCAAAAUGAUGGGAAUACUAAUGUUCCAAAUCAAGAAAAACUUUUCAAAAGAGUUGUUGCUGUUGAUGCAAUAUAUGGAUCGCGUCAUGGAAAGUAUGUAUCAGAGAUUAACCUUGCAGCAUCAGCUAUAAAAUAUUCUUUAGCACGCUCAAAAAAAGUUAUUAAUAUUGAUAAUCAUAUUACAAGUGCAGGAGGUUAUGUUCAAUUUCAAAAAUGGUUGGAUGAGUUAUCAAAAGAACAAGAAUCAUUACCUAAAGGACUUUUAUUUUUGGCUUUUGAUAAUGAACAAAGAGGACAAAAAAACUAUCUAGAUCGUGGAUUCAAUACUGUGAUUUUUCAUGUUAUUACUAGUUUUGUUGCAUUUAAUAUGAAAUCUCAAAAUGAAAUACAACAUACUAAUAUUCCUUGGUUGCAUAACUCUCUUAAUCGACUUCAAUAUGAAGAACUUUUUGAUCUUUCAUCUCAAAUGGAGGAGGAAUUCAAUAAAGAACUUCAUAAUUAUCUUUCCAAGAUCCUUGAUCAGCUAUGUAUGGAAAAAUUAUCUUCAAAUAACAGCAUUAAUACUCUUAUAGAAAGUAUGAUUUCAAAUAAUGGGUAUGAUAAAUAUUGUUCAAAUUGUAAUGAAAAAGACAUUGAAAAUCGAAAACAAGUUUAUGAAUCUAAAAUUGCUCCUGUUCCACAAAUUAGUAUGACUCAACGAUCAGUUGCUGAUGAAGGUGUUUGUAUUCCUGAAAUAUAUAUCCCUGAUCCGCUUAAUAUUAAUCCUAAUUUAAUAGCAAAUGUUGAAAAAGUUCUUCAGCAUAUAAAAAAAAUAUCAGGAAUUCAGGAUGGAACGCGUAAAUGGGUAAUAGUAACAUGUGAUGGAGUUCCAUAUCAUCAUGCUGUUAAACUCCAAGAAAAAUUUCCUUGGUUGGUUCUUAUACACAGGUUGAAAAGUGAAAAAUCAGGCACCAAUCGGUCACCAAUCAGGUAG